AUUAUCGAUAGAAAACGAGGAAUUGACAAGAUCUACUAAUUAAAAUUACUGAAGCUAUAUACGACACUUGGUUUAGUGCAUUUUCGCCUGUCUUCUGCUAGUAGAUACUGCAUACUUCUUUUUGGUCUACCUACAGUUGAAAGUGUAUAAACAUUAUUAAUAGAAAAUGGGAAAAAACACGGACAAACUGUACAUCACACAGUCAGAACACUCGGGUGUGCAUGGAUGGCACGCUGGAAUGAGUGGAAUUGCGAAGCGGAAAGCAGCAUCGUCACGGCCCCAAUUACCUUUCAAUUACUGCGCGCUAUCCCUUCAGCCUUUCACCCAUCCCUGCUGCGUAUUAGACAGUGAAAAUGUUGCUACUUUAUUCGAUUUUCGACAUAUUGUUCCUUGGAUCAAAAAGCAUGGGACUAAUCCAGUUACAAAGGAACCGCUAACAGUCGGUCAACUCAUGAAACUGAAUUUCACAAAAAAUGCUACUGGCGAAUACUGUGACCCCGUUACGAUGAAGGUAUUUAACCAGUACACACACAUUGUCGCCAUAAAGCCGACUGGAAACUGUUUUGCGUAUGACACCAUAGAGAAUCUUAACAUAAAACCUAAAAAUUGGAAGGACUUGGUUACAGACACACCAUUUCAACGCUCGGACAUUAUUACCGUUCAAGAGCUCGGUCGUCUGCCGAACCAACAGUCUUCCACGAAAGAUGUGUCCAAGGAGGAACGGAUAAAGCAAGCCAAAGAGGCCGUUCAACGUUCUCGUGAGCGACGAGCUCUUGGUGAAAACGCAACUGCGUCCAGCCAGUCGAGCGGUAAAACAGAAAAUACAAGCAGCUUACUGCCUACACACAAAGCCAUUCACACCAAAGGUUUGGCGGCUUCUGCACUCACUUCAACUUCGUUUUCCCCCGUUACCCGCAAUGAACAUGCUAUCAUCAGCGAGGAAGAUUACAUGCUCGUACCCAAGCGUAUUUGGCACAAGGGUUAUGCACGGUUAGUGACGAACUUUGGUGAGAUAAAUUUAGAAUUGCACACGGAGUAUGCUCCUCGGGCAGUGUAUAAUUUCGUGGAACUCGCCAAAAAAGGGUAUUACGAUGGUACGAAGUUUCAUCGGAAUAUUCCCGGCUUCAUGAUUCAGGGAGGCGAUCCCACUGCUACCGGUCGUGGAGGUCAAAGCAUUUGGGGCAAGCCUUUUCGAGAUGAAGUUACUAAUCCGCUGACACACGAUAGCCGGGGUGUUGUCUCUAUGGCUAACAGCGGUAAAAAUACAAAUGGAAGCCAAUUCUUCAUCUGUUACGACGCAGCGAAACAUCUGGACAGAAAACAUGCCAUCUUCGGUCGCGUCGUGGGUGGCAUGUCCGUUCUCGAUGCCCUGGAGCGAGUUCCCACUACUGAAACUGAUCGACCAAAAACAACUAUCCAGAUUGAAAAUAUAGUCAUUUACGUUGACCCCUUCGAGCUUUGGCGUGAAGAGGAACAACAGAAGGUGAAGGAGAAAGAAAAACACGAAUCCUCGUUACAUGAUGAAGAAAACGAUCGCGUUACAUGGACAGGAAAACGUUUAGGAAUUACGGGCGAAUCAAGUUCCGGCUCAAGCUCAUCGGUUCCUGUCGGUAAGUAUAUAAAAGCAGCGGAGGAAAAAAAACCAUCUUUCGUUGAGCCCUCAUUGCCGAAGAAAAAGAAGGCCCGUACGGGUUUUGGAAAUUUUGAUGCUUGGUAAUGACAGUUCGUGCUUGUCUUAAACAGUAUUCUUCUCCAACGGAGGGAAAGUAUACUGAUAAACAAAUGCGUCAACAGGCUCUUUACGACCUUUUAUGAACGCAGCAUCUUUGAUGACACCGACUCGAGUGAAAUUAAGCCUUUCCCAUAGUCGGACGCUUGCUGUAUUUGUUGCGAACACAAGAUUAAAUACGCUUGACUUGUAGCCUAAACGCGGUGCAAAAUAAAGGUACGCUUUCGCCAACUCUCUACCAAUGCCUUGUCCUCUUUUGGCUGGAUGAACGAAAAAUCCGCCAUUGCAAAUAUGCGAGCAGCGACCUGCAUAAUUCGGUUUGACGUAGAACACACCCAGUAAUGCUUCUUUCCAAUCGAUAUCCAAGUCUUUUAAUGCAUCUACACCAAGUGUGGAUUGUUUGCGCACAAUUGCUGGAACCUUGACACAGAUAACCGUGCAAUGCUUGAAGAAGUACUCCCUGCACUCAUCUAACCCAAAUGGUUCCGAAAACGGAUACGUUUUUCCCUCUUCUAUGGUGGUGUUCACAAUGUAUUGCAAGCAUUCCAGUAGACUGUCUUUCUUUCGAAGCUGUGUGUUCGCAUCAAUGGCGAACAAGUGCGCAUCUAACACAGGACUGUACAGUCCUGGUAUGGAGUCAGCUGCGACAUGUGUUCUCAUCUCUAAGCAAUGAAGGGGAUAUUCCGAUAAGGUGACACACAACGAGACCUGUGUGCUGUGUCUUGAACUACGCCGUCUGGGUCCAACGCCAUACUAUUUAUACUCGCUACAAUUGACUACAGGCGAUCAAACUUAUUAUCAUGAAAAUGAGUUUCGGUGAUAAGACAAGAAUCGAUUCAGUUCGCUGGCUCCUUGUCGGGAUUAAAAAUCAUCCACUGUUCUUCUGGACUACAAGCACGAAUACAUGAAAAGGCCUAUACUAUCUCGGGAGUUCAUACAGCCGUCCAAACCACGUUUUUUUGCUUCGGGAUUUACUUAUUCUACAGCUCUAUGACUUGCACUACGCACUUUGUUUCUCCUUGGCAUAAGCCAGUCGUUCGUUUUCUCUUCGUGUCUUCUUUUCGACUUCCCCGCAACCCUUUUCAAUUAAGGGUUCACGCACCUCAUCUCAUCUUUACUGUUUCGCCCACUCCCGCCCCCCUGGCUCACCCCUACCGGUUUUUCGACAACGUUCCUCAUUGAACAAUACGGUUUUUAGUGUGCCACCCUUCUAGCCCUGCUUCGAAAUUACUCGGCUGCUUACCUAUGUUCCUUACCCUACCCGUGCACUCUAUGUGUUGUGGCAAUUAUGUAAUUGGGCGCCUCCGCUGACACCCGCCUAGUAGAACCCUAGGUCGACACUAACACCCGACCGAACUUACCCUUCACGAGCACCGCAUUUGUAGGAGUUUU